UCAUGAAAAUGUGUCAGGAGUUUGAGAUAAAGCGUAUGUCGUUGGAGGAGCAGAGAGAUCGCCUCCAGCAGCAGCUCGACAACCUGAAGGAGGAGCUGUCGGCCAAACUCAACAUGGCCAAUCAGGAGGUGUCCCACCUGCAGGAGCUGGUGAGGGAGGGGCAGCAGAACAUGAACUCGGCUCAGACUCAGAUCAGCUGUCUGAGGGAAACUCAAGACAAACUGAGGAUAGAGCUGGACGCCACGAGGGCGAGGGUCCGAGAGACCAGCAACCUGCUGACAGACCUGCAG